CUAGUUAGAUAACGUACGUCUGCGAGACGUUGGCCUUUUGAAUUUUUUACUCUCUCUCUGCCGAUCAUUAACAGGGAAACCUCUCAUGCUCUGUUAUCUCAGUCGGUAGCAACAACUUGGCGGUGGUGGUUGUUUUUUUGCGGUAUUUUAUAAGAUCUCAUUUAAAGUAAUGGCAUUAACACGUGGUUUGAAUGAUUCAGAAAUUGCUUCGCUUUUGCAAAGCGUUUUGGAAGACUCAAAUUCAUCAGAAAAUGUGAGUGAAUCAGAAAACGAAUUACUGGAGGAUGAUAUUCAAAGUGAUGUGGAAGAUGAAUCGCUUGACGGGAACGAGUCUGGUGAAAAUAUAGCGUCCGUUCAAGACCCAAAUCAAGAAUUCACUACUCAUUCCGAUAGCCGUAUAAUAACUGUAGCGUUACCCACCUUAAGGAGUAAAAGUAAACACUGUUGGACUACAUCUAAAGGUAAUAGCUCUACAAGAACAUCCUUGAUAAACAUAGUAAGAACAGCAAGGGGACCAACGCGGGAGUGCAAAUCGCUGUAUGAGCCAAUUUUAUGUUUUAAAGUUUUUUUCACGGACGAAAUAAUUUCAGAAAUUGUUCAAUGGACUAAUGCUGAAAUAUAUCUAAAUCGUCGAAUUGACAAUGCAUCUGCAACAUUUAGAGAUACAUGCGCCGAUGAAAUUCGAGCUGUUUUAGGCAUAUUAACGUUAACAGCAGCAUUAAAUAAUAACCACUUAUCAACCGACGACUUGUUCAACAAUACCUACUGUGGAACGUUAUAUACAGCAACCAUGAGUCGAGAUAGAUUUGACUUUUUAAUUCGAUGCCUUAGAAUGGACGAUAAAGCCUUGCGACCUGCCCUUCGUCCAACUGAUGCGUUCGCACCUGUCAGAAAGAUAUGGGACAUUUUUAUAAGACAAUGUAACACCAGUUACAUACCAGGAUCGCAUGUUACAAUUGAUGAACAACUGUUGGGCUUUCGUGGUCGCUGCCCAUUUAAAAUUUAUAUUCCUAACAAGCCAAACAAAUAUGGAAUCAAAAUUCCAAUGAUAUGCGACAGUACUACGAAAUAUAUGUUUAAUGCAAUUCCAUAUCUAGGGAAAACGACAAACACGGCUGGCCUUCCAUUAGGGGAGUUUUAUGUCAAGGAACUGUCACGACCCAUACAUGGCACAUAUCGAAAUAUAACUUGCGAUAAUUGGUUCACGUCUAUUCCUUUAGCAAAGGGUCUACUUAAUGAACCUUACAAGUUGACUCUAGUGGGAACCAUAAGAUCUAAUAAACGAGAAAUACCGGAGGAAAUGAAAAACACCCGAGCACGAAAGGUUGGAACUACCAUGUUUUGCUAUGAUGGCCCUUUAACUCUCUUAUCGUACAAACCAAAGCCUUCUAAAAUGGUCUAUUUGCUGUCUUCCUGCAAUGAAAAAGGUACGAUUGACGAUAAAACUGGAAAGCCGGAUAUAAUAUUAUACUAUAAUGAAACAAAGGGUGGUGUCGAUACUUUCGACCAAAUGUGUUCGUUGAUGUCAUGCUCCAGGAAAACCAACAGGUGGCCCAUGGCAGUAUUUUAUGGAAUGCUUAACGCAGCAUUCAUAAACUCCUACGUCAUUUAUGCCCACAAUUUGAUUUCUAUUAAAAAAAAGCCUUUAAGUCGCAAGGAAUAUAUGAAGGUACUUUCUGCUUCUUUAACAAACCCAUGGAUGGAAAAACGAAUGGAAAUUCCGACUUUGUCGAAAACCUUGCGCAACAAUAUUCAAAAUGCAGUGUCCGACGAAGUCAACAAUGAUGGCGGCAGCAGUGGAGAUCAUUCUGUCUCAAAAAAGAGAAGAUACUGUGGUUUCUGUCCAUCAAAAAUACGACGUAUGUCGAAAAUGAUAUGUUGCAAAUGUGAUACACCUCUAUGUGGAGACCACAAAAAUUUAGUUUGUAACUGUUGUAUAUAAUAUUUACCGAAUUUUUUUUUUUUUGGUUUACAUUACAUAAUAGAGAUAUAAAAACCAAGUUUAAAUAAAAAGAAUAUAUAUUUUUUAGUUUAUAGAACCGAAUUAGAGGUCCUUCAGAGAAGACUGCUUAUUUUUUAACUAUUUUUGAAGCCAAAUUGAAUUUUAUUUUUUAUUUUAUUUCUAAUAUUAAUUUUAAUGUAUAGAUACUUUUAUAUAAAAAGAACUGAAGUAAAUAAAUGAUAUCAAUAAAAAAAUUUCAAUAUUC